GGCGGAGAUGGGGGGGUCGGGGGGAGGCGUUUCUUCAAAUUAACUCCGGGGUAAUUUGGGGAGGUGUUGCCUGUGCGCGCGCGCGAGAGAGAGUGCUUCAGACGGGAAGGGGUAGCAUCCAUCGCCGAAGCGGCGAGGGUCAGGGUCUUCUUGGACGUGCCUCGCCCGCUGCACAAACCUCCCGGAGCAAGUGUGAGCGCGGGGGAGAGGGCGCGAGCGCGCACGGGCUGGUUGUGCUUGGCACGCUUGGAGGCCCGGGGCCCCCGGGGGCCCGGGGACCCGCCUGGCGGCCCGGGAUUACCGUGACGUCACAUCGAGGCUCUGGCCACCUUGGACUGGGACACCUUGGGAGCUGCACAGCGCCGCGCCGCGCCUCACCUGGCCCCGCCACCGCGCGCCUUUGGGGACCUGUACCCUCUCCCUUCCCCCUGCCCAUCCAUGGGCCCUUCCGUCUUCUGGACCACGCGAGCCGCAGAGGCAUCUUGUGGAGCGCAGAGCUCGGCGGCCGGGCUACCCUGGCCUCUGCCUCCCUUCGCGCCCAGCGCGCGGAGGCUCGGCCGCUGGGCACCCGCCGUGGUGUAAGGAACCGAGGCGGCGCACGACUGGAGGUGCAGAUCCUGGGGGGCGCGAGAAGAGGAAAGCAGGCCAGGGACAGACACCAUGUCCUUCCCGCACUUUGGACACCCGUACGGCAGCGCUUCCCAGUUUCUGAUGUCUGCAAGUUCCGGCGCCACUUGCUGCGACACGGCCCCGCGUUCCGUCCCCGACGUAGCUGCAGGCUCCGCGCCGGCGGCUGCGCUCUGCUGCGCCCCGUAUGAGAACCGGCUGCUAGGCAGUGCGCGGCCCGAGCUGGGAGCGGCCUUGGGCAUCUACGGAGCCCCCUACGCGGCCGCAGCCGCCGCCCAGAGCUACCCCGGCUACCUGCCCUACACCUCCGAGGCACCCGCGCUGUACGGAGCGUUGAAUCCACAGUACGAAUUCAAGGAAACUGCCGGGAACUUUACUCCAGGCCUGGCACAGGCAGGAGCUUACUACUCCUAUGAGCCUACUCUGGGGCAGUACCAAUAUGACCGGUACGGAGCUGUGGAAUUGAGCAGCUCAGGCCGCAGGAAGAACGCCACGCGCGAGACCACCAGCACGCUCAAGGCCUGGCUCAACGAGCACCGCAAGAACCCCUACCCCACCAAGGGCGAGAAGAUCAUGCUGGCCAUCAUCACCAAGAUGACCCUCACCCAGGUGUCCACCUGGUUCGCCAACGCGCGCCGGCGCCUCAAGAAGGAGAACAAGAUGACCUGGGCACCCAAGAACAAAGGCGGAGAGGACAGGAAGGCGGAGGGUGGGGCAGAGGAGUCGCUGAGCUGCCUAAAUGGUGACUCCAAAGAUGUGACUGCCCGCCAAGAGGCUCGAGGGCUCCGGCUGAGUGACCUGGAAGACCUGGAGGAAGAGGAGGAAGAGGAGGACGCGGAAGAAGAGGAGGCAGUGGCCGCAGCCACGAACAGGCUGGCCGCGUUCCACAAGGACACGCAGACCCUGCUAGCACCCUGCGCCGCCGCUCCAGAGGACGCGCUGAAGCGCAGGGCGUGCGUCUUGGCGGCGCCCCAUUUCUCCUGCAAUGAGCCCCGCGGGUCGGGAGAAGCAGACUUCCUCCAGGCCGAGCCCGAGGGCCCCACGUUGACAGUGCACUACGCACCCAGCCCCAAACCCCGCAUCUGGUCUCUGGCGCGCACUGCAGCCGCCAGCGCCUUGGAAGGUGCCCCCAGCCCGCCUAUGCCGCGCAGCCCUGAAUGCCGCCGUCUGAUGCCCAGAGAGCUGCCAGGCUUGGGCACCAGGCCGGCGAUCUCCAGAGAGUCCGCGUGCGAAGAGCCUCCCCGAGUAGCCAAAGCCUUUGGAAUGGCCACGUUUGCGCUGCAGCGGCCGCCGCAGAACUGUCCGCUGCCUUGCGCGCGGUGGGGGAACCCAGCAGUGCCAUGCCAGUACCCCUCCUCCGGAGCUGAAGGUUAGCGCCAUGGCUGCGAUUUGCAGGGGGAAUCUUGGACAUGAGCCCUACUUUCCGAACUCACCUCCACGCUAAGAAUUUGGGGACUUCACCAAGGAUAGGGACUCUCACUUCGCCAAGAGACAGAGACACAGA